UCCAUUUCUAUAUUCCCCCCACUUGCCACAAAUCUUGAAUAAAAAAUGGCUCUCACGCUACGUUCUUCCACGUCUUUCAUCAAUCUAAAAGAUAACAAAUCCUUCAAAACCCCCGAUGACAUCUCGGGCACGGUUAGCUUCGCACAGAUAAAGCCCUCACGGCGUCUCCUAGUGAAAAAUUCGAUGCAUGAAGUAGCAGAAAGAGGCAUGAUUACGGAGGCGAGGAGGAAAGAUAGAUCGGCAAAGCAUCAUGCUUCGUCGGUUUCUCAUGGCCAAGAUGGCACGAAGGUUCCGGUGUAUGUAAUGUUGCCUCUUGACACGGUAACGCUCGGAGGGAAUCUGAACAAGCCGCGGGCUAUGAACGCGAGCUUGAUGGCCCUAAAGAGCGCGGGAGUUGAAGGGGUAAUGGUGGACGCUUGGUGGGGAUUGGUGGAGAAAGAUGGACCGAUGAAGUAUAACUGGGAAGGUUAUGCGGAACUUGUGCAGAUGGUCGCAAGGCAUGGCUUGAAGCUUCAAGUAGUCAUGUCCUUUCAUCAGUGCGGAGGCAACGUCGGUGAUUCUUGCAGCAUUCCUCUACCUCCGUGGGUGCUCGAAGAAAUCAGUAAGGAUCCUGACCUGGUCUACACAGACAGAUCUGGCAGAACGAAUCCCGAAUACAUCUCCCUAGGCUGUGAUUCAUUGCCAGUGCUGAGAGGAAGAACACCCAUUCAAGUCUACGCAGAUUACAUGCGGAGCUUCCGGGACAGGUUCAGUGGUCACCUGGGCAGUGUUAUUGUGGAAAUUCAAGUUGGAAUGGGUCCUUGCGGAGAAUUGAGAUAUCCAUCGUAUCCUGAAAGUAACGGAACUUGGAGGUUUCCAGGAAUUGGAGAAUUCCAGUGCUAUGACAAGUACAUGAGAUCUUCACUGCAAGCAUCAGCAGAGGCACUAGGGCACAUGAACUGGGGAAAUACUGGGCCCCAUGACUCUGGACAAUACAGCCAGUUUCCUGAAGAAACUGGGUUCUUCAGACGGGAAGGGACAUGGAACACUGAGUACGGACGGUUCUUCCUAGAAUGGUACUCUGAAAAGCUAUUAGAGCAUGGCGAUAGAAUCCUAGCAGCUGCUAAAGGAGUAUUCCAAGGAACCCAAGCAAAACUCUCAGGAAAAGUGGCUGGCAUUCACUGGCAUUACAGAACAAGAUCUCAUGCAGCUGAAUUAACAGCUGGAUACUAUAACACCAGAAAUCGUGAUGGGUAUCUACCAAUCGCACAAAUGAUGGGAAAACAUGGAGUUGUAUUUAACUUCACGUGCAUGGAAAUGAGAGAUGGAGAACAGCCUGAGAAUGCGAAUUGCUCUCCAGAAGGGUUAGUUCGACAGGUAAAGGUGGCAGCUAAAACUGCAGGAGCAGACCUUGCUGGGGAGAAUGCACUGGAGAGAUAUGAUGCAGGUGCAUAUGCACAAGUUCUCUCAACGAGUAGGUCAGAUUCUGGCAACUCAUUGAGUGCUUUCACAUAUUUGAGAAUGAAUAAGAGGUUAUUUGAAGAGAAUAACUGGCGAAACUUAGUUGGGUUUGUGAAAAGCAUGUCCGAAGGUGGUCGGAACAGACUAUCCGAGUCCGACCUGAGCAGGACUGACCUCUACGUUGGUUUUAUCAAAGAGAAAAGUGUCACCAAAGUCAAGGAGGCUGCUCUUGUGUAGAAAACAAUAUAUGGGCAUGUUAAUGUAUGAUUAUGCAGCAUACUGAGGCAAAGACUAUACUAUUAUAGCGAAUAUACAACAGAUUUUAUGGCACGGCAUGCCAAGUGUUUAGAAAGAGUAGUACGAAAAAUGUAUGGGUCAAUCGUGUAAUUUUUCGAAAUCAUGUCAAUAUACAGGAAGAGGGGUAGACCCAAUAUCUGGGUUUACUAUAGUCCAUCUUUUUCUCUCAAA